CAUUUCUUAACGUUGGAAGAGCAGAGAGAAAACUUUAAUGUACUUUGCAAAUUAAUUUACCAAACACUACACCUUUCUCUGACUCAUUUGUCUUCGGUGUGAGGGAGACUUUUAUUGUUCUAUGUCCGUCUCCAAGGGUCUGAGGAACUUUUUGGUGUUUAUGCUCCUCUCACGAAAAGCAAUGCAUCUUUUCCAGUGCCCGUGACCUGAUAGUUGCUUCUCUUUAGACCGUGUGUGAGUGCCGGAGCAGGUAUUUAGCUCCCAUUCAAUGGGGUGGGGGAGGCGAGUUUGCAGACUCGCGCAAAUGGUUUGAGAGGACGACCGUUCUCCUGCAUUGGAAUCGCGAAUAUCCUAGCUCUUCCGGCAUCCUGCACGCAGGGCUGCGAUGUGAACGGAGCCUGUGAUCGCAGCAGUUGGCCAGAGUGUGUGGGAACCAGUGUGCAAGUGGGGGAAUAUGAUGAUGUCAGCGGGCGACAACUUUCUCGCUUAGUUAUGGCGGAGGUCAACUUGAGAGAGUUGGCCAACCUUCGGAUCUCCAACACGGCAGCGGGGAUCGGCGCCGAGUCCUCACCCGGCUCCCUCGACCUUUAAAGGGACAGCGAUCGGUGAAAGUGUCAAUGAUCUCUUGUCGGUGAGUUCUGAUGAAAGAUCAUCAGCUUGAAGCAUUAAUUCUGUUUCUGUCUGCAUGACAGUGCAAGACCUGCAGAUCCCCUGCCUGCCUGAUCAAAAUGGAGUAUAAUCUGGGAUUCUGGAAAUCCACUAGUAAUGGUUUCAGUCCACAGGAUUUUUUCCAUGAUAUUUCUACAUCCGUUUCCCCCACCUUUGCUCAUCACUUCGCGUAUCGUCGGGAAUCUGAAGAUGGGAAGUUGGCAGACACUUACAAAGCAGGGGGCACUAUUCGUGUUUAUUUACCAAACAAGCAGCGUACUGUGGUGAACGUGCGACCAGGCAUGACUGUGCAAGACAGUCUGAAAAAGGCUCUAAAAGUCCGAGGUCUUCAGCCAGAUUGCUGUGCAGUUUUCAGGCUGCCACAAGGAUGCUCAAAGUAUCGUAUAGACUGGACCACUGAUGCUACCUCGCUGAUUGGUGAAGAACUGGUGGUUGACGUCUUGGACCACCUCCCUUUAACUACCCACAACUUUGUCCGCAAAACCUUUCUGAAGUUGGCCUUUUGUGAUAUCUGUCAGAAAUUUCUUCUGAAUGGCUUUCGGUGUCAGACCUGCGGCUACAAGUUUCAUGAACAUUGUAGCACCAAAGUCCCUACUAUGUGUAUCGACUGGAGUAAUGUGAGAGCUUAUCAAGCAACCACACCAAACUCCAGACUCUUCUCCACUUCUGAUGGGGUAUUGCCAUCUAUUACACAAAUGACUACACGGCGAGUGCGUGAGUCUUUUUCUCGACUUCCUGAGAGCUUGCAGUACAGGCAUUCCACAUCCCAUGCCUUCAGCUGUCCGAUGCCUUUCUCAUCCACUGAAGGUCAGCUCUGCCAGCGGCAAAGGUCUUCAUCCACUCCCAAUGUUCACAUGUCCAGCACCACCAUGCCGAUUGAUAAUAGCAUUAUUGAGGAUGUAAUAAGAAGUCACGCUCAAAGAGCUCCUGCAUCAGCACUGUCAAAUAGCCCACCUAGCUUAAGUCCAACACGUGAAUCUAAGCAGAAAUCUCCAGUUCAAACUCACAAAGAUAGAAGGCCAUCAGUGACAUCAGAAGGAAUAAAGAAGAUUCGGCCACGUGUUCAAAGAGAUUCCAGUUACUACUGGGAAAUAAAAGGAGAGGAAGUAGUAUUAUUGAAGCGAAUAGGCUCUGGAUCCUUUGGCACUGUAUUCAAAGGGAAAUGGCAUGGUGAUGUAGCUGUAAAAAUCCUAAAGGUGACAGAUCCAACACCAGAACAACUUCAGGCUUUUCGAAAUGAAGUUCAGGUACUGAGAAAGACACGACAUGUAAACAUCUUAUUAUUUAUGGGCUACAUGACUAAGUUUAACUUGGCUAUUGUUACCCAGUGGUGUGAAGGUAACAGCCUCUACCAGCAUUUACAUGUGCAGGAAAUAAAGCUGGAGAUGUUUCAGCUCAUUGACAUUGCUCGCCAGACAGCCCAAGGAAUGGAUUAUUUACAUGCAAAGAAUAUUAUCCACAGAGACAUGAAAUCAAAUAACAUCUUUCUUCAUGAAGGCCUCACCGUGAAGAUUGGAGAUUUUGGUUUAGCAACUGUGAAAUCUCGAUGGAGUGGGUCUCAACAAGUAGGGCAGCCAACAGGUUCCAUUCUUUGGAUGGCACCUGAGGUUAUCCGAAUGGAGGAAGAUAAUCCAUAUAGUUUUCAAUCUGAUGUCUAUUCUUAUGGCAUUGUACUAUUUGAACUAAUGACCGGAGAGCUGCCCUACUCCCAUGUAAACAAUCGAGAUCAGAUUAUUUUUAUGGUGGGACGAGGAUUUUUAACGCCUGACCUCAGUAAACUCUACAAAAAUUGCCCCAAAACAAUGAAGAGACUUGUAGCAAACUGUUUGAACAGAAAUAAGGAUGAUCGACCCCUCUUUCCUCAGAUUUUAUCUUCUGUUGAACUAUUGCAACAUUCAUUACCCAAAAUCCACCGUAGUGCAUCUGAACCCUCUCUACAUAGAGCUGCACACACUGAAGACUUGAAUCCAUUAACCUUAACCUCAGCAAGAGUGGUAGCUUGCUAACUGAUCUUGAGCUGAGAGCAAUGGAGAAAGCAGUGUGAUUCUAUUUCUUUGGGUCAUAUAUGCAGUAUCCAUUCACUUGUAAUCAAUCCUGAAAACUGGUAUUGUUCAGGUUAACAAUACUAACUAGUAAGGUAAAUGUGCAUCCACGUCAUUCAAUGUGUGGAUUCUUGAUAAACAUCAUGAAGCCUUUUACAGAGAUGAACAAGCUGACUCGUACACCGUGGAUUCUUGUGUGCAGCCAUUUUAUGCCCAUUGCUAUGCUCAUCAGCAAACUUCAGACUGUACGCUGGAUCAAGGUGACUGAAUUGGAAACAACCAUAUCACAGCAUAGCCCGUGAUGAUCCAAACACCAAACAACUUGAUUAUUAAAGAAGACACUUAUAAAGCAAAUGUUCACUGCUUUUAUAUUGCCUUAGCAAAUCUGAGAACUACGGGUUGACUAAUGCGGUAAACCGUGAGUCGGUAUGAUGCCACAAGUGUGUUGAAGUUGUUAUAAAUAAUUGGGAGGAUUUUGGUUUGGGAUUUUUUUUUGCUAUUGAGUGGGGAUAAUAUGGUGUUCCAUUGGAUACCUGUAGAGUUGUUGUCAGUCCCAUGUGUUUUAAUAAAAUAAGUUAAUUUGAAUUUUA